GACGCAUCACUGGCACCUCCCAUGACAAUACCUCCAUUUUACCAUUCAUCAAACUAAAAUUAGAAUUCGUUGUAAUUACUAUUACGAAUUGCGGUUUAAAUCGCUUGAUUUAAUUUAGUUAUAGAAACUUUCAAGGCUGUGUUAUAGAAAAAAUACCGGAAAAUAAAAUGAAGCGAGAAUGGAUAUAUGAAAGCAGAUCAACAUUUUGUUAUAUGGUGCGGUCGUGCGGUAAGCGAACCGGUUCGACAAGGACGUCCAGGUUCUCAUAAAAUUGUAAAACUGUUAAUUUAUUUAAUUCAAUCCAAGAUUGUUAACAAAGCUAGGCCACCCACAAUAACGGCCAGCAACCAGUAAUACAACUGCAAAUUCAAAAUUUAAUGAAUCACCCACGAGCUUUAUUUUCCCAACUUCCAAAACACAAAGUUCAACAGGUCACAGAAAAUCACGCAGAAGCUGAAAAUGUAUUUCAGUCUUGCGCGUGUCGGACACCCCACAAGACCAAUCCUCCCUUAUCCGAAGCCCAAAAUGGGCCAAUUUAUCGCGAUUUUACCAAAUUAAACUAAACCCAAGUGUGAGGAGCGUUUUUGGGUUUUUGGGGGCUGUUUUAAUACAAACAUUGCGGUCCGCGCUCGCGCUGAAGAAUCGAUCGUCCAAAAUGAGCUCGAAAAUGUCAACACGUCCUCGUAAACACAAGCACAAAGACGACAUGAAGCAAGAAACAGUGGUCCAAGUACACAAAACGGUCAAGUCUGACACAAGCUCCGAUGAAAAAACCAAACUAAACGAGGACAAAAACGACAACUACAACACCAAUACCCCCAGUCGGGAGAUCUCCGUUGAUGAGGAGUCCCAAAUCAAUUCAAAAAUUUUGUCCCUCAUUGAGAGCGAAAUGAAACGGGACGCCAACAAGCACUCGCACUUCACCGACUCCAGGCCCCAAAGUCUCAGCUUCUACGAAGACGAAAAAGCGCCAGAAGAGCUCUCAGGUAAUCUCGAGCUGCUAAGCCCCGAAGAGCGUAAACAUUACAAGAGGCGGCGGGAAUACGGACAAAUGGACAUGGACGAAAUGAACGCCUACAAUGUGAUCCAAGAUCUGUACAACAGCAGGGACGGCGACGAAAUCAUAUCGUCUACGAAAAAGUCAAAAUCGCGGAAAAAACGACACGGGGACUCGGAAACUGGAAUCGGUGACAGCAGGGAAAUGAUGAUCCCCAAAGAAAAGAAAAAGAGCAAGAAGAAGAAACGGGAAUCGUCCCCAACGGCUAAACGCAAACACAAGAAACGAGACGAUGAUUUUGAGCCCAGGAACGACAUCACUGUGGCACUAGAAGAGCUACAGGAUGAUGUUUUCGAAAACAAUGAGGAGUUUAAAAUUGAAAAAAUCAGGAAGAGUCCCAAAAAGUCCGACAAGGUUUACGUCCAGAAGAAAAAUAAGUUCGAAGCAGUGACGAAACCGAGCAACUUGAACCGGCAAAGCGCCUACGAGCUUGAGGAAGACAUAUCGGGGAAAAAAUUUCAGACAUAUCAUCCGCUAGAGCUGGCCAUCCCGUUCCAGGAGUACUGGAUGCGCUUGACCACGUUCUGCCACGGAUUAUUGGGAGGGUUAGCACUGGGCCAUUGGUUGUACAUCGUUAGCAAUAUUUACAACCAAGACAGCGAAUUUAUCUCGCACUAUUCCCACUUUAGUGAUACCUACGUCUCGUGCUUUUAUUUCCUUUGUGUCAUCUGCCUAAUGUCCGUGUUUGAAAAGAUCGAUUUUGCUCAUUUCGAAGGAGCUCAGUUUAGAAACUUAUUCAAAUUUAAGAAGAGUUCGCUAGUGAUACUCAUCUACUUCACCUGUCUGGUUGUGCAUCUCUCAGCUGCCAGGAUAGACUAUAAAUUAGGUUUAGUAUCGUACAACGACACCAUAUCAAAUAUAACUAAAAGUGAGCUUACGCAGUGGAACCACUUGUCGCUCUGGCGCUCGAUUUUAGCUUUCCUUGCUUGGAUCAUUGUCGGCUUGUCGCCGCAAGAAAACAUGUUUUAUAUUAAUCUUAAGGGCAUGGAGAAGUAUCUUCCACAAAAAUGAUAUUUGAGUGUUUUCUCGUCAGUCUACGAUGUGAUAAAAAAUAAAUAAAGACUGUACUAUUUAUUGACUAGUUAAUAAAGAAUUACAACAA